AUGGCAGACGAGCACAUCCACACUCCCUCGAGCACCAAUCAGACCGAAAUCUUGGCAAUCAACAAAGCCCUCAAGGCUGAAAACCAAAGAAUGGCCGAGCUCCUGUGGCAAAUGGAGCACGACCGAAGUAAAAUAGAACACAAAAGUGCCGAAAACAAAGACAACAAUGAUGAGCAUACCUCGGAAACUAAACACACAAUCACUAAAGUCACCAAAACAACCACCAAAAAGAGAACCAACCCCUUCGCAAAAGAAGUCAUGAGUUUCGAAAUGCCCCAAAACUUCACCUUACCGUCAACCUUAAAACCCUACAAUGGAAUAGGAGAUCCGAAUGUCCACGUCACCAAAUUCCAAGCCAUGAUGUUCAUGAAUAAGGAUUCCGACCCGAUUAUAUGCCGUACCUUCCCAACUUUCCUAGAUGGAGCCGCCCUAAUUUGGUUUUUCAACCUCCGUGAAGGUUCCAUUUUGAACUUUGACGAACUAGCAGACCAGUUCGUCAACCACUUCGCCGCAUCCAAAAUAUAUGUCCACAACUCUGAUUACCUAAGCACCAUCAAACAGGGACCAAACGAAAGCCUAAAAGAUUACAUGACCAGGUUUGCCGAAGCAACCAACGAGAUACAUAACCUAAACCCCGAAGUCCACCUCCACGCCUUAAAGAGCGGUCUCCAACCAAGAAAAUUUCAAGAAUCCAUAGUCAUCGCAAAGCCAAAGACCCUGGCCGAGUUCCGCGAAAAAGCAACGACACAUAUCGAAGUCGAAGAAUUCCGAGCACUGCGAAGAGCAAAUAAACCUAUCUCAAACAGAGAGGAGGAAAGGCGAAACAGGCAAUCAAACGGCAGAACAGAUCAGAGAACGUCCAGGUUAACACCCAAAUUCGACAACUACACCACCCUAAAUGCAAAAAGGGAGGACAUCAUAAAGGACAUAUUGAACUCAAAACUCAUCAAACCCCCAAACAGGGCCGGUACAUAUCAGGACCAACGACACGUGGACAGGUCAAAAUACUGCGCCUUCUACCAAAAGUAUGGUCACACUACAGACGACUGCAUAAUUGCUAGAGAUGUCCUCGAAAAGCUCGCCCGCCAGAGACUGCUAGACAAAUACAUUGACAGUCGAGGACGAAAACGUAGCACAGACGAUCUCGGCCAACAAUCCAAAACAACUGACAAUUCCCGAGAUAAGGGGAAAAAGGUAGAUACAGAUAUCAAUCCACCUCGCAGAAUAAUAAACUGUAUUUCUGGUGGUUUUGCAGGAGGCGGAUGUACAAAUUCGGCAAGGAAAAGAUCAUACCGAGCCAUGAUGACAAUGACAAAAUCAACUCCAUCCAAACCUAUCAACAGAGAUAAACCAGAGAUCUCAUUCCUCCCCAAAAACUAUGAGGCAAAUGAUCAGAACCUGGACGACCCCGUCAUCAUUACUGCGUAG